ACCAUCAGCUUCAAGCCUCCGUUUUUGCUGUCCCCUUCACAUCUGGGUCCGUCCCUGCUUCCCUUCUCGCGACUCCGUUCUUCCCUGUUUUUCUCCGUUUUUCGCCAGUCUCCCGUGGACAGUUGAGGUUCGUGCCAGCCAGCAUGCCAUCGCCAGCGCCUAGCACAGGGCCCACGUCUGUCCCUGCAGGCGAUGCUUAUAAACGGCAGCGCGCCACAGCGGAGUACAGCUGCCAGGACGACGCGCCCUUUAUAAUCACGCAGCACAAGUACCGCAGCCAGCAGUUCGCGUCGCUCUACUUCUCCCGUCUCGCCACGCUGCGACCCGUCCUCCUCGCGGCGGCGCGAGAGAAAUGGCCUCACUUACCAGUGAGCAGUGUGUUGGAUCUAGCCGACAAGGGCGAGUGCGUGGUGGUGGGGACACUAUACAAGCACAUGAAGCUCAAGCCCAGCAUACUGCAAGACUACGGCAGAGAGCGGUCAAGCGCGCCGCUGGUGGCGGUGGGGGGCGGCAGUGUGGUGGGGGCGGACGACACUGUGGUGCUAGAGGACGAGAGGGGGCGCGUCAAGCUCGUCGGGGAUGUCUUUGUCCCCGCUGCUUGGGUCACAGGUGUGGUGGUGGCAGUGCGGGGCUGUGAGGACAGCAAGGGAAACUUCCGCGCAAUGGAGGUGCUGGAACCAGGCAUGCCGUGGCAGGACUUCUUUCCCACUGCUGCUGCUGCCGACACGCGUGCUGCAGCCAACCAGGCCAACCCCUCUCUCCCCCGCUACGUGGCCUUCCUCUCGGGUCUCCAUCUGUCAGUCCCCACCACCACUGCUGGGGCUGCGGCGCCGUCCCCCCCCACCCCGCCUGCUGGCGCGCCGCUGCCAUCCCAGGGGCAUGGCGCAGAGGGUGCUGCAGAGGGGGGCGGGGACGCCAUGGUGCUCGAGGAGAUGCUGCUGGACGUGCUCACAGGCCACGUGCACUCGGACGAGGAGGAGCGGUUGAGUGCGGGGAUAGUGCGUGUGGUGAUUGCAGGGGACUCGUGCUCCUUCUCCCACCUCCCUCACUCCCUGCAUGACACUGUCAACUCCACUUCCCUCAUGCACCGUGAUGCCAGGGCCAUGGCAGCACCAGUCAAGGCCUUAGAUACCUUCCUGGCAGAGCUGUCCGCCGCUGUGCCGGUGGACGUUAUGCCUGGCGAGUGUGACCCCGCCAACUACUCCCUGCCGCAGCAGCCGCUACACCCGUGUCUGCUGCCCCUGGCCUCGCGCCGUGCAUCUGUUAUCCGCGCCACCAACCCGCACCACUUCACGUUGGGCGGGGUGCGGUUCCUGGGCACGUCGGGCCAGAACAUUCAUGACAUGGGCCGCCUCUGCCUUGCCCGCCUGCUCCGCACCCCUUCCCGCCCUGCUGCUGCCGCUGCUGCGGGUGCUGCUGAUGCUGAUGCCAGUGCGGCUGGUGAUGCUGGUGGUGUAAGUAGCAGUGGUGGUGGGAAGGCAGAGCCAAUGGAGGGAGUGGAGCGGCAGGAGGAGGGGAGCAAGGGGAGGGAAGGAAGUGCGGAGGAGGGAAGGGGAGAUGAGGGAGAGGGGAGGGAGGCAGAGGAGGAGGCAGAUGUGUUGGAGCUGAUGCAGCGGUGCCUGGAGUGGAGACACAUCGCCCCCAGUGCUCCUGACACGCUGGGCGUGUACCCCUUUCAGCUGGACGACCCCUUUGUGCUCACCACCUGCCCACACGUCUUCUUUGCUGGCAACCAGCCGCGAUUCGCCACUCGCCUCGUCAGAGGUCCCCAGAAGCAGGUGGUUCUCCUGGUUGCUAUCCCCAAGUUCUCCGAGACAUGUCAAGCUGUUCUGGUGGAUCUUGACUCACUGGAGUGCCGAGUGCUCUCUGUUGCCUGUCCACCCUUCCCUCCCUCCUCGCCAUCACCCUCCGCAUAAACCUCAAUCACUCACUCACCCCUCGUCUAAUGUCGCUCACACGUGUUUGGUGUGGAGCAGUAUAUUGGUGAUUGCAAUAAUAUAGAGGGUGCUGUAACGUCUGCAGCCAGCAGAAGGGGCUUCAGGCUCAGCUGACCCUGCAGGGGGUUCUUUGUAGGGUAAGGGAUGCCCCCAUGUUGCAUCUCUCAGAGUAGCUGAAUGAAACUAGAAAGAAGGGUACACGGUAGUUUUGACCUAAUGUGCUGUACUCUCUAAGGCAUGCCCCUAUAUAGGCUACAGUAACAUAUACCAAUAUGUUUGACACACCC